AUGAUGACGAACGUUUUCGGGGCACAGGGCGGAGGCGAAGAAUGGCCAGACGAGAACAUGCCGAAAAAGAAAACAGGGCAGAGGAAAAAGGCCGAGAAGCAAAGGGAACUUCAAAAGAAGAUUAGAAGUGGUGAACGCAGCCUUGCUGAUCACCCGUGCAAUGGUCAAAUGCAAUGCGAUCAAUGUUUACGAGACCAAAGAUCGCGGGCGUUUUGCUACUUCUGUUCGUCUAUAAGUAAACUGCCUAUUUGUGCGCAGUGCGGGAAACAAAAAUGCAUGGCAAAGACUGGAGACUGCGUCGUGAAGCACGCGGGCAAAUUCACUACAGAUAAGUUGUUAUUGUACUUGUUAUUUGGGAGACUAGGGAUGGUAGGCGCUAUUUGCGAUUUCUGUGAAGCUUUCGUAUGUCAUGGCAGAAAGUGCCUUACCACACACGCAUGCACAUGCCCACUAAGAGAUGCCGAGUGUGUCGAGUGCAAACGUGGCGUUUGGGAUCAUGGAGGUCGUAUAUUCAACUGCAGCUAUUGUAUGAAUUUCUUAUGUGAGGACGACCAAUUUGAACACCAAGCCAGCUGCCAACAAGUGUAUAGCGAAAAUUACAAAUGUAUGUCUUGCAAUCGACUUGGCACCUACACUUGUAUGCGAUGUAAAAUCUGCUUCUGUGAGGAGCACGUUCGACGUAAAGGAGUGGUCGCCACGAAGGCGAAGGAAAUACCAUGUCCGAAGUGCAACUGCCCGACCAAAGAAACCAAGGAUUACAGCGUAUCAGUUCGGCGACAUGAAUAUGGAAGACAACAUCGUCCAGAUUAUGAGGAGGAUGAAGAUAACUAUGAAGGCGGACAAGUUUGGAGCGGCCACUAUGGCGGAGGAGAGGUUGAUGAUGAGGACAGUGAGGAAAGCGAGUGUUCUGAUGAUUCUGAAGUUCAGUCAGAGGACGAAUCAGACCACGCUGGCGAAGGAGCUGACAAAGGGAAGUGA